UUCAUCUGCAUUUAAUGUGUUGUCUUGAUGCUUGUGAAUUGUGUUAAUUAACAUUCAUAUAUGUAACAAAAUUAGUGUUAAGACUGUUUGAUGAACAAUUAGAGCAUCAUGAUAAACUUCACAGAGGGCUCAUACUUCAUCCUUGGUGCCUACUUUGAUGCCGGGCCUACAAAAUACUUGUUUUUCUUGCUUCUCUUGUCUUUAUAUUCUUUAAUCAUUUGUGCGAACCUGCUGCUGAUUGUGGUUAUCUGUGUGAACAGAAGCUUACAUGAACCUAUGUACAUGUUUCUGUGCAGCCUGUUUGUGAAUGAGCUGUAUGGUAGUACAGGGCUGUUUCCAUUCCUCCUGCUUCAGAUCCUCUCUGAUGUUCACACUGUUUCUGCUCCUCUCUGCUUCCUGCAGAUCUUCUCUUUGUACUCAUAUGUCGGUGUGGAAUUUUUGACCUUAGCCGUCAUGUCUUAUGACAGAUAUCUUGCCAUCUGCUGUCCUCUGCAGUAUAACACACGAAUGACAUCCAGCACGGUUUCUGUGCUCAUCGCUGUGUCGUGGAUCUAUGCUUUGUUGCUGGUUGCUGUGACAGUUUCUCUGAGCUCACCUCUGCAGCUGUGUGGGAACAUCAUCAACAAAGUGUACUGUGAUAACUAUGCCAUUGUUAAACUGGCCUGUUCUGACACCACACUCAAUAACAUCUAUGGACUGAUCAGCACAGCAUUCACCGUUUUUGUUCCUGUCACGUUGAUCUUUUUCACCUACAUGAGGAUCCUGAAAGUCUGUUUUUCUGGAUCCAAACAGACGCGACAGAAAGCCGUCAGCACCUGCACGCCUCACCUCGCUUCUCUGCUCAACUUCUCUUGCAGCGGCUGCUUUGAAAUACUACAGAGCAGAUUUAAUAUGAACAAUCUACCAAAUGUACUGCGUAUUUUGAUAUCACUGUACUGGCUUAUGUGUCAGCCGCUCUUUAAUCCUGUGCUGUACGGGCUGAAAAUGUCCAAAAUUCGUGACAUAUGUGCUCCAAGUCUGUCCAGCGUCCUCCCUGACCACCUGAUCCAAUUCAUCACCAGGUGGCGAUCACCUCAGCCUCUCUCUUCACCCGAGUGA